ACCUCAGGAACAGGUAAGACUUUUCUUAUCUUAUUACUAUAAACUCCGAAUGUUUAUAAAUCAAUAAACUCGGAAAUACUAUACUUCUUAAAAUGAAAACCGAAAUGCGGUUGGUUUUUGUCUUGCUUGUUUGUGCUGGAGUGCUAGAAGCGGCCACCAUUGAUAACAGCACGAGUCACACAAUCAUGAAUGUCCAAGACAUUGCAAAGCCGGGAUGUCAAAGUCAAUGCGGAGAUCUCAAAGUACCCUAUCCCUUUGGCAUCCAACCAGAAGGGAACGAAGGUCCCAGAUGUUUCAGAGAUUUCGGGUUUGAUAUUAUCUGCAACACUUCUACUAAUCCUCCCAAGGCCUUGAUAAGAUCCUGGAAGAACAUCGAGAUUUUUGAUAUAUCAGACAACGAGCUCCGCGUCAGUAAUAACGUGGCUGAGAAGUGCUAUAAUCAGUCUGGCUUGGUUUACAGAGAGUCCCGUGGAUCAACUGAAGUGGACGGAACUCCAUACUCAUAUUCGAGUGCCAAUUUGUUCACCGUUGUUGGUUGUGAUGAUGAUGCGGAUUUUGUAGCAGACGCUGGUCUGCGUAAAGGAUGUGGUACUACAUGUAGGAAUGCGGAGGAAGUUGAUAAAGAUGGAUGUUUCGGCACAGGCUGUUGCCAAGUAUCUUUCAAUAUUUACAAUUUCUUCAACAUCUUGCUCAAAAGCUAUGACAACCAUUUAAAUGUCUCGGCUUUUAACCCUUGCAGCUAUGCGUUUUUGGGGGAAAGAAACAAGUUCAAUUAUAGUCUUCUUUCAGAUCUUAAAGAUCCAAACUUGAAGAGUAAGAUCGAGGAUACUGUCCCUUUAGUACUCGACUGGGUGAUCGACAGACCUAAAAAUUGUUCUGUAGCAGCUCAAGACCCUGAUACUUUUGCUUGCAAACACGCGUAUAGCUACUGCGUUGAUACAGAUGUGAGAUCAGGUGGCUACCGUUGCAGUUGUGAACCGGGUUAUGAGGGUAAUCCAUAUCUCAGCCCGGGAUGUAAAGAUAUUGAUGAAUGUGCAGAUCCGACCAAGAAUGAUUGUGUGAAAAAAUGCAAAAAUGUUGCAGGGAGUUACACAUGUUCUUGUCCAGGUGAUCAUGACGGCGAUGGCAGGAAAAAUGGCAGUGGUUGCGUUGCUAAAAGCUCCAAGUUUCCCCUGCUCAAGUUCAUCCUAGGUAUGUCAUUCGGUUUCAUAUCCUUAAUCGCUGUUGCUAGUUGGAUAUACUUUGUGAUGAAGAAACGAAAAUACACUCAAUCAAGAGAGAAGUUUUUCCAGCAAAACGGAGGUCUUCUGUUAAACCAAAAAAAUACGUCAAAGGAGGGUGUUACCAUUGAGUCAUCAAAACUUUUCACUGAUGAAGAACUGAAGAAAGCAACAAAUAAUUAUGCCUCUGACAGGAUCCUUGGACAGGGGGGUUAUGGUAUAGUGUACAAAGGAAUUCUACCAGAUCAACGCGUAGUUGCAAUUAAAAGGUCUAAAAUAAUCGAUCAGAGUCAGAUAGAGCAAUUUAUCAACGAGAUGGUGAUCCUUACACAAGUUAACCACAGAAAUGUUGUUAAACUUAUGGGGUGUUGUUUAGAGUGUGAAGUACCUUUGUUGGUUUACGAGUUUGUCUCAAAUGGUACCUUAUUGGAACAUGUCCAUGGCAGAGAUGGUGGCAUGCCAUGGCUGUCUUGGGAAAACAGGCUAAGGAUUGCUGCUGAAUCAUCUGGCGCUCUUGCAUACCUUCACUCUGCAGCUUCCAUACCCGUCAUCCAUAGAGAUGUCAAGUUAGCCAACAUAUUACUCGAUGAUAAUCAUGUGGCUAAAAUUUCGGAUUUUGGAGCAUCAAGGCUUGUACCUUUAGAUCAAACUCAAGUGACAACAUUAGUCCAGGGGACCUUGGGGUACUUGGACCCUGAAUACUUUCACUCAGGCCAGUUGACAGAUAAAAGUGAUGUUUAUAGUUUUGGAGUGGUCCUUGCGGAGCUGUUAACAGGGAGAAAACCAAUAUCUAUGGACAGAUCCCCUGAAGAAAGGAACCUAGCUACAUAUUUCAUUACCUCUGUAAAUGAAAAACGGCUUUUUCUAAUCCUGGAGCCUCGAUUAGUGAAGGAAGUGGCAGUCGAGCAACUUGAAACAGCUGCUCAACUUGUGAAGAGGUGCCUAAGCCUUAAUAGUAAAGACAGGCCAACAAUGAAGGAAGUUUCAAUGGAAAUAGAAAGAUUGAGAAAAUCUACUAAACAUCCAUGGACUAAUCAGCAUGCCAGUGAAGAGACCACCAGUUUAAUUGGUCAUACUGAGAUUCAGUAUUCGGAUCUAUAUGAAAUUCAGUUAAGUUCUUACAGUAAUAAUGGGAGUGAAUCGGAACAAUAUAACUCAAGUACAAUCAGUUUGUUGCGCCCAUCAAGCAUCCCUCGUUAAAAUGUAGUAUUUAUCUAAACUUCUGUGUUUUUGAGCCAUAAACUUAUAUUUCAUCAAUAAGUUUACAUGAAGAAACAUUUUUUAUUUUGUAAUCUAGUUAGGUAAGUGUAUUUGAUUAAAAGGUGAUAUAUAGUCAGAUGAUUGAAUUGUAAUUUACAGUAACUAUUAUACUGUACAUUGUUCAUUUUUAAAUUAAGUUAUGCAGAAGUAUAGUUGAUCA